AUGAGACGACAAAGUUUGUUUCUGUACACUUUUUGCACUUUUAAGGUAAUAGAGACGUCACAGUUUGGAGCGAUUGAGUUACAGGCAGCGGAUAUGAACGAAGGUGCGCCCAUAAUGUACCAUGGGAACGGCUACGGGGGAGCAGUGUAUAUGGUCCCUGGUCAAAUCGACAGAACUCGCCAAUAUCCCAUGGACAUGCUCCAAGUGUUGGGUGGUGCUGGGCGCGAUAGUGGCGAUCCCGGCCAAUGCACGCCUCGGCGAUGGCAAGCACGCCGUGACCGCCAGCAAAAUAAUAAGGACAAUACUGCUUUUGGCUACGACUCUGAUGAUUCUAGCCUGUCUAGCAAUGCCUCCGGAUCAAACAAGUCCAGCGAAAAAGGCGAGAGCAGCUCCCGGUCGGAGCGCAGCGCUGCGCCCUCCGCGAGCGCGACGCCCCCCAUGCAGCUGCAGCAGCGCGAGUGGCGCGCCCGCCCCAGGAGGGAGCUCCGCCCCCGGAGGAUUGCCCCGGAGAGAUUUCUCAACGCCACAUAUCCAUUCCAGGUCAAAUUCACGCCCGACGAUUUGCUAAAUGGGUCGAAAUGGGACACGCUGUCGCAAGAAAUCUGGGAUAAAUUCAUUAAGUCGCAGCAAACCGAGGAGACGUUUAGGAAAAAGAUGAAUUUGUGGCGCUACCUGUACAUAACUAUCAAGUCCAUCUUCCCGCGCUACGGGCUGUACGUGGUGGGGUCGACGAUGUCGGGGUUCGCGCUGGACAGCUCGGACAUGGACCUGUGCCUGUACGUGCGCGCGCUGGCGCACGUGGAGCCGCGCGCGCACGCGCUGCUGCACCUGAGCCACGUGCUGGGCUACCUGCGCGGCCUGGACCCGGGCGCCGAGCUGAUCCCGGCCAAGGUGCCCAUCCUGAAGCUGCGCGACGCGCGCCACGGGCUGCACGUGGACCUGAACUGCAACAACGUGGUGGGCGUGCGCAACACGGGCCUGCUGGGCUGCUACUCGCGCGCGGACUGGCGCGUGCGCCCGCUCGUGGCGCUCGCCAAGCUGUGGGCGCGCGCGCACCGCAUCAACGACGCGCGCCGCCGCACGCUCUCCUCCUACGCGCUCACGCUCAUGGUCAUACACUUCCUGCAGUGCGGCACCAGCCCGCCGGUGCUGCCGCGCGCGGGCGCCGCGGGGGCGGCGGGGGCGGGGGCGGGGGCGGGGCGCGCCCUCAACCGCUCCACGCUCGGGGAGCUCUUCCUGCACCUGCUCAAGUACUACGCCGAGUUCCCGUACGAGCAGUACGCAGUGUCGGUGCGGGCGGCGAGGCGCGUGCCGCUGGCCGAGUGCCGCGCCAGGGACCCCCAGCCCCACGCCCACCAGUGGAAGCUGCUCUGCGUCGAGGAGCCGUUCGACCUGUCGAACACGGCGCGCUCCGUGUACGACCCGGAGACGUUCGAGCGCAUCGUGCGCACGUUCCGGCAGAGCCACGAGCGGCUGGCGGCCACCCUGCGGCUGGCGGACGCCUGGCCGGCGCCGGACCGA